CAUUAACGCUGUACUAUGUGGGGUCCAUUUUACCUUCAGCAUUUUCAAAAAGAAUACUAAUUGUGAGUCGUAAAGAAUGAUUACUUUAUUUAGGUGGGUUUUAUUUUAAUAAGUUAAUUUAUGAGACUUUUGUAUCUCCUACUCUAAUGCAAAAGCAUCAUAAAGAUUAACAUGAAGUUGCUUCUCUUGUAAGUUACCGAAUGUAAACAAAGGACUAUUAUAAGACAUAAACGAGGAGAAAAGAAGACCACAUGAUAUGUUUUAAUAAGUUUGCUUUUAUUUGACAAAAAUACGGCCAGAAGUCCUUUCUCAGAGCGUCAACUUAACAGUGUCCGUCAUUGUUCAACAUGGUAAACAAUGUUAUGAAAUCAUAUAUCAAGAAUCGUUACCCAAAACCUUUUGGAUCUAAAAAGUCUAGGGAAAAAGAUACUAAGCUUGUUCGUAAUUCACGCUUUCCUUCAUUUUAUUAUUUAAAGAGGUCGUCGUACCAAAAAACUCUUUCAGUGACUUCCUUGUCUAUAUUAAUUCUAAUAAUUGUUUUAUUUCUUUAGUGAUAUUUUCCUUGAAAGGUCGACUAUUGCUUGCAAAAUAUCCCUCUUAAAAAUUAUUCAAUCCUUACUACAAGGAACCAACGCAACGCCAUAGCCAUUUUCUUGUUCAGUUAGUAGUUAGAAUUGUUAGACCUGGAGUAUCUGCGAGCUAUUUCUUGAUGUUUAGCAAUUUUUUUUCUAUUAUAAGCAAGCGCUUUUUCUUUAGGAGGUAGAAUUUCUAGAGAAAUAUGGCCGGCUAUACGUUUGAUGAGUAUAUCGCGAAGUUGUUAGUGAUAGAAGCCCAAAAGAAAAAUAAAUUACACGAAAGUGGAGAAUCAAGCUCUCAGAGCUCGAAUGGUCAAAAGCUGCGGCCCAAUACAAAUUUUAUAAACAAUAUGAUGCGCAAUGUUCGAUCUCACAACUCAAACGUGGAAAACAGAACUGAAGAUGCUAAAGAGAGAUCCAGGAGAGCAGAAAAGGGAAAGCAACGUCGACGCGAGUUUUCACCUUCACCCAGUGGUAGACUGAAUCGACGAAGAGACAUAUCACCACCGCCCUCACGAAAACGGUCUAAAAGUUGUGAGGAUGAAGAGAAGUCUCCUUUUUCCCAAGAAAAGAGACAAUAUGGUCAUGAAAAGGGUUACUCUCGUCAUCGCGUUUCUCGUGGUAGACCCGACUAAGUGUAUAUGAAAGCUUGAUUUAUUUAUGGCAUCAUGGGUAGGAAGAACGGAGUUCAUUGCAACUGUAAGUAAGUUAAAUAUUAAGGGAAUUUCUAGAUGUUUCUCUAAAAACCUGAAAAAUCAGAGAAAGCAAGUUAUAUCCUAACUCUGCAUUCACGUCUUUUAGUGAUUUUCGCUGACUAGGAUGACUAGAAAUUGGCAUUUUUAAUAUUUCCUUAGUCUCCAAUUUAAUUAAUUUAUUGACAAGUGUAUUUUUUAUAUUAGGUU